AUGACGAAUGGCGAGAUGUCGCCGUUCGUCGUCGUCAUCUACUUGGUGCCACGUCGCCAACAGCAACGUGGCAACCAAACGACGGACGACGAAAUCUCGUCGUCCGUCGUUUCUGUUCAUACUGACAUGGUGAGCACCGCCGUCCCUCGUUCCCAACCAACACAUCUGCUGCGACCUCACCACAUCACCACGACACACGACGCAACUACACCACGACCACGUCACUACGAUGUCCCACGACACCCCGCAACCCCCACCACUGCAAACAACAACCAGCGCUCACGAAAAAGAACGACAACCAGCACACGCCACGGUCCCAGAGCCACGAGCAAGCCACGCCACGUCGCAGUCAGCGACAUGGGUAUGGGACACGUACGGACGAAGGGAUGA